AUGAUUAUGAAUACUUCAAUUUUAUUCAAAUCUAUUAAAUCAACAACUUUUUCAACUUUCCAAAAAUCUGUUUUUGUUAGAUCUUUAGCAACUCAAUCAAAUGAUUUAACUUCAUCAAAAAAAUUAGAUCGUGCAACUUUUACAAUUCGUAAUGGUCCAGUCUUUAGUGGUUAUUCUUUUGGUGCUAACAAAAACAUUAGUGGUGAAGCUGUUUUCACAACUUCUUUAGUUGGGUAUCCAGAAUCAAUGACUGAUCCUUCUUAUAAAGGUCAAAUUUUAGUCUUUACUCAACCUUUAAUUGGUAAUUAUGGUGUUCCAUCUGGUGAAGCUCGUGAUGAAUAUAAUUUAUUAAAAUAUUUCGAAUCUCCUCAUGCUUCAUGUAUUGGUAUUGUUGUUGCUGAUGUUGCUUUAAAAUAUUCUCAUUGGACUGCUGUUCAAAGUUUAAGUGAAUUUUGUCAAAAAGAAGGUAUUGCUGCUAUAACUGGUGUUGAUACAAGAGCUAUUGUUACUUAUUUAAGAGAACAAGGUUCUUCAUUAGCUCGUAUUAGUGUUGGUGAAGAAUAUGAUGCUGAUCAAGAUGAAGCUUUUAUUGAUCCUGGUUCUGUUAAUUUAGUUCAUAAAGUUACUACAAAAGCUCCAUUCCAUAUCCCUUCAUCAGGUCCUUAUCAUGUUGCAGUUAUUGAUUGUGGUGUUAAAGAAAAUAUCUUGAGAUCUUUAGUUUCAAGAGGUGCUUCAGUUACUGUUUUCCCUUAUGAUUAUCCAAUUCAUACUAUUGCUACAUCAUUUGAUGGUAUUUUCAUUUCAAAUGGUCCAGGUGAUCCAACUCAUUGUUCUGCAACUGUCCAUUCUUUACAAAAAACUAUGGAAACUUAUCAUGGUCCAAUUUUUGGUAUUUGUUUAGGUCAUCAAUUAUUAGCUUUAGCUGCAGGUGCUAAAACUAUCAAGAUGAAAUAUGGUAAUAGAGCUCAUAAUAUUCCAGCAUUAGAUUUAACUACUGGUAAAUGUCAUAUCACUUCACAAAAUCAUGGUUAUGCAGUUGAUCCAACUACAUUACCAAGUGAAUUUAAACCUUAUUUUACAAAUUUAAAUGAUCAAUCAAAUGAAGGUAUGAUUCAUGUUUCAAAACCAAUUUUUUCAACUCAAUUCCAUCCAGAAGCUAAAGGUGGUCCAUUAGAUUCUGCUUAUUUAUUUGAUAAAUAUUUUGAUGAUAUUAAAGAAUAUAAAUCAAAACAAAAUGAAUUGGUUGGUGUUGUUAGUAAUAAACCAACUGAUUUAAUGGUUAAUAUCUUACCAAAAGAAAGAGUUGUUUAA